AUGGCCCGUCAUCUGUUAUCCCAACAAUUUUCGAGUUCAACCCUGAUGGACGGAGUUGCCCUCAUCAAGUCUGAACCUGGACUUACGCUUCCUAGUGACGAUGAAGAUCUUGACGCAGAACUUGAGCACUUGCAGAAACUUCGGGACCAGAUCACCAACCAGUCCGCCUGUGGUGAGAAGCUUGAUCUCGAUGGUGAACAGCCUUUGGUAGAACCUGGGAAGACUGCGGAUAACAUGGACGAAAUGUGCGAUGAGGAUCUUCAAAUGCUGUUUGUUUUUCAUGUGCCCAAGCAAGAAGACACAGCGCCUACAGAUAUUGAUGAGGAUGAAGCGCAACCGGCGCAACCCGCUGAAGAUGUCCUGGACUCGCAGGAGGAGCAGGCCCAUCAGGCGAUGGAGAAACUUGCAAUCUAUGGUCCAUGGAGGGCUGUUCCAAUUUAUCUGGGAGAAUCGGAUGGAAAUUUGUUGGGUGGUGACGUUGGUGAUGCCACUGCCGCUGUGGAUUCGCCUACUUCAGCGGAUCCAUAUCUCACCCUUCAGGAUCAGGAGUUCAGCCCCGGUACUCAAGAUAUGAUUGAUCAUGUUGGAUCACUGGGUGAUGUGUCCAACAGGGCUUUGCCUACUGAGCCUUCAUCGGGUUCACAGGGCACUGACAAGGCCAAUCAUCAUGAGCCUUCAAUGGGCCCACAGGCCAUUGUUGACAAGGCCAACCCCAAUGAGCCCACUGACAAUGCCAAUGGGAUUUCCAACCCAAUCUCCAGGCAAAAUGCAAUGAAAAGGUUGAACAGGCUUUUCAAGCAACGUGCUGAUGGGUCCUAUGCUGUGUCAGAAGAUUUGAUUAAACAGUGGCGUGAUGAGAGUGGCCGAGAAUACCUCUUGUCUGAGUUUCAGAAAGCUGGGUACAACAAGGACCUGAUGGUGGCAAAGUGCACGAAGCGCAUCAAGGAGAAGAUAUCCGAACAAGACAUGUGGGUUGAUGGGGCGUUCGCUUCGGAGGAGGACAUGAAAACAGAACUCAACUUUUCUGAGAACCGCAUCAAAGCUGUCAAGGCUGAGUGUGCAAAGCACAAAGGCUGGAUCAGGAGGGACCGCUAUGAAAAGCACAUCCAGCUCUUUUGGGUCGAAAAAAACAUGUGUGGCAAAAUGCUGAAGAAACGCCGCUCCGUUCUUCUGGAUGAGGAUGAGACGGAUGAAGAGUUCGAUGAUCAUGAAGAUGAUUUUGAGAUGAAUGCAUGGACUUUGUCAGCCCAAGACAAAGGUGCUGAUGCCGUGACCCAGAGAGAGAAGUCUGAGGCUGAUCGGGAGGCAGCCUGGAGCAAAACGCUCAAGACUGUCAGUUGGCCAGAGAUGGAUGAUGAUGCCUUACCAUCCACUUACUGUGGCAAAGUGAUGAACUGUCUGGGCAAAUGGCAGCUGAAGAUUUCUGACAUGGCUAAGAGUUUCGACCAGUUUUCCGAACUGGAUGAAUGUUUGGAGCAGCUUAAACAACAGUGCCUUGAGCUGUCCAAGACUUUGAACGCAGCUGGUGACAAGUUGGCCGACACCAACAAGAAGGUUGUUCUUGGUGGACUGGAGCCGGUGCAACAGGAUGAGCUGAAGAUGGAGUUCAAGUCCGUUCGGAACACGUGCAUCGAAGCGCUGAACCUCCACAGCCGGGCUCAGCCAUACCUCGCCCAUACCAGAAAACUUCUGAGGAAGCGCAAGGCUGAGGAGGGUCAAGAGACACCCCACAAAUCCGUGAAGCAGGAACCGACCCGAAAGUAG